CGCGCACGUCACGUUCGGGUUGUUACGCUCGUUACGUUCUACAGACACGCGCAAUGAUAGCCGGAAGCAUCGAUAGGCUAAAAAAUAAAAUAUCGAUUAAAUCCACUGUCAUACUUGAAUGUAAACGUCUCUCUUUGGGUCUUUCCUGCGACCGCGGGCUCGAACGUCCCCGGGAUUCACGCCGCUGCUGUGCUGGAGGGGACGGCAGGGAGCGGAACAGCUCCUCUUUUUUGACCCAAGUUGUUCGGUAGGGGUUUAGCUGACGUUGGAGAAGUUGAGACUGCUGGAGAACAGAUAAACAAACAUAAACACGCAGCGAUCAGCUGGGCGCCAGUCUGAAUCGAACCGAGUGCUUGGAGAGAUGGCACGGAGAGGAAAAUGACAAGUGUGAGCCCGAGAACAAGCUAAAGGAGACCGUGUCAGACUGAUAUUUAUUUGUUCCCUGGCAACUGUCAACACUGCUGGCACAUAAAAGAAUUUCGAACAAAAAUACAACACGAGGACCAGCCUUAGGCUCUUGUUGAAAUCAGCUGUUCCUGUUAUUGUUUUUGUCGAGACAGGAUGGUUAGUAUGGACAAAUGAGAUUAUCUACGUGGUUUGAGCCGUAAAGACCUGAACACAAAGCAGUGCAAGGAGAGAGCAUGGCCCACCAGACAACCCCCAGUUCACAGAAGGCCUUGAUGAUGGAGCUGAAGUCCCUGCAGGAGCAGCCGGUGGAAGGCUUCCGCAUCACCCUGGUGGAGGAGGCUGACCUUUACAACUGGGAGGUGGCGAUUUUCGGACCCCCAAAUACCCUCUAUGAGGGAGGCUACUUCAAGGCUCACAUCAAGUUCCCAGUUGACUACCCUUACUCCCCGCCUACCUUCCGCUUCCUCACAAAGAUGUGGCAUCCAAACAUUUAUGAGAACGGGGAUGUGUGCAUCUCCAUCUUGCACCCCCCUGUUGAUGAUCCACAGAGUGGAGAGCUACCUUCUGAGAGGUGGAACCCCACCCAGAAUGUGAGGACCAUUCUGCUGAGUGUCAUCUCUCUGCUCAAUGAGCCCAACACCUUUUCCCCCGCCAACGUGGACGCGUCGGUUAUGUUUCGCAAAUGGAGGGACAGCAAAGGCAAAGACAAAGAGUACGCAGAGAUUAUUAGGAAGCAGGUGAUCUCGACGGCAGCGGAGGCGGAGCGGGAUGGAGUCAAGGUGCCGACCACAUUGGCAGAGUACUGCGUCCAGACCCGGGUUCCCUCUCAGGACAGCAGUUCCGACCUCCUCUACGACGACCUGUACGACGAUGACAUGGAGGAGGAGGACGAAGACGAAGAUGAGAGCGACAUGGAGUCUGUAGGUGAGGCGGGGGGCCUUGGCACCUCGGAGGACGGGGAUACCUCCACCAGACGCUAUGACAACCAGGACGACUCUGGCAACGAAGACUCGUGAUGAUCAGAGCGGUCCAUCUUUUCUCCCCCAUCACCCCUUUUCUUUUGUCAGCGUGUGUGUGCGUCUGCAAAUGUUUGCACACACAGUGGGUUCAAAAGUCUACUGCCAAAAUUUUCUUUCAUCAUUUAUAAAACAGCUGUUAGUAAAUGCUUGUGAGCAGCAGUCCUCAUAAGUCAAAAUUCGGUGUUUCCACCGUUUGCCUUAAAUACAGCUUGCACUCAAGAUAUUUGCAGAAUUCAUGAUUAAAUUAGUUCACAGUUUUUACAGUUAGUCCUUACAAUUUAGAGUGUUCAAUCAUCAGUUGACAUCAUUUUAUCUUCUAAAAUCUUGUUCUGGGACAGAAAAGUUACUGAAUCCACAUCAAACAUUAUCCCCCAAACCGUAAGGGUUACAAUUAAUGAGCAAAUUAAAUGAAACAAACAAUUGUGAAACCAGCUUAGUGAAAAAUCUACUAAACAAAUCUUUGCUAAAACAAACCACAUCAUUCAGUUCAGUCAGUUUGUUGUUUUAUUGAUUGAUUUAUUAUAAUAGAUGUGUUGCUAUUUUUCCCCAUCUGUAAAGCUGUUCAGACUGCACCAUACAGUCCUUCAGAGAACAGAUUGACCAGUGCUUCAAAAUAAAGGUCUACCAUCAUGCAAAAAUGAAUUACAUUUUUCAAUAUACAAAAAAAUUGGUCAAAUUUAAGGAUUUCCUCCAUUUGUGUAAAAUAGUUAUCCAUAUUAAGAAUUAUUAUUCCAUAAAUCAGCCUGCCAAAAUUACCUUACUGUCUAAUUUCACACUUUAUGUUGAAGCUCAGGCCUAAACUUAUUAUUUACAGCAAAAGUUGUAAAGAGAAUUCAACACAUUUUUCUAUUCUGUCUUAUUUGAUUGGAUUUUCUACAUUCUUGAAUUAAAAAGCAUCUUCUGAGUUCAAAACAAACAUGAACUGGUAAAUGAUGAAAACAUGCUGUACUUGUGGUGGUCGGUUGAACUCCACUGUUGUUUGCGUUCUCUUUGUCUGACAGUCCAGGUGCGAUUGCGUUCAUAUUGAAAGAUUGGUUGUGUUUCUGGUUGACUUUCUGUCCUCUGUGACUCGUCUUUUGUAUUUUUUGGGAUGGCUCAGUCACAAAGGCUCACUGAAUCGGCGCUGUGGCUCAUUACCCGGUUGAUGAGCUGAGCCGCUUGUCCUCUCACCGUCAUUCAGUGUUUCUUAUCGCCGCACACCUCUGUUCCUCGCUGCUGCGAUGGAAUCCCCUUCAUCCCGAAAAGUCCCGGCCUCGUUUUCGUUCGGCGUGAACAGCAGAGCUUUUGAAUCCUUUCUAAGUUUGCGUCUUGUAACUAUCUCUGCCUCUUCAACCUCAGGGCCUCAGUGUACUUUAACUGACAGACAGUUAAAGAGGAUCCUCAAACACAAACUGAUCUCCGCCUCUCCCCCCCUUUUUCUUACUUUCUGAGUGUCAUUAUACAGCCAGGAAGGCUCCUUUCAGUCUCCAAUCCCCUAAACAUGAAUGAGUUGGUUACCUGCUGAUGAGAAGGAGCCAAUCAAUGAGGCAUCUGUUGGGACUGUCCACAGUUAGAUUUAAGAGCUGUAAAAAUAGUUUAGCCUCCAGUGUUUCAGAACUGAGCAUCAUACGUUUCAGAAUCUUGAUCAAAUCAAAAUCUGGCCUAGAUUCUCACUUUUAGGUGAUAGGGACGACGCUGAUUGCCUGUUACCUGUUUGUGUGUGCGUGUCUAUAUUGACAUUUAGGUUGUAUGUCAGUUUUGAUGUCAGGGGUUUUCCUUGUUUUUGUGGAAUCACCCAUAAAUUUGUCCAGAAGACAUCUUUUUGGACUAGUGGGGGGGAAGAGAACCCCACCCCACCCCACCUCCUACUCCUCCUGCUUAGCACCGUUUCAGGAGCCGGAAUCAGUCAAGUGCUCGUUUCACAAAAACAGCAACAGAAAAAGAAUAUUGUGUACUAGGUUUCUGAAAAUGUGUGAUGGCGCACAAAGUGACAGAUAUUUCUUGAAAUACAAUGCAAAAAAAAAAAAAAAUACAUCGCCCGUUCUGUGCAGUGGAGCGACACAUGGUUUUUACAUGGAUGGAUUUUGAUGCCACGGAAACCAAGUCUCACCCCACAGUCAGCAAGUGAAGCCAUGAAUGCAUGCAGUGGAUUUAAAAGACUUUUUUAUUUUUAUUUUAACAACAAGCAAAAA